AUGGACGCCCAGCGUGCGCUGCUCGACAGUCUCAUGGGCUUCAACCGCGACGGCGACCGCCCGGACGAAGAGGCGCUAGACUUCCGCCAUCCGCGAGUGUGCAAAUCGUACCUAUGUGGCCUGUGUCCACGUGAGUUGUUCCAGCACACGCGUCUCGAUGCUGGCGCCUGCGACUUGCUGCAUGUCCCGGCUCUACGCUCGGCAUUUCUAUUGCACCAGAAACAGGAAAAGGACGAGAAUAGAAAUGGGUACACUUACGACAGCUUUGGCUACGAACGGGAGCUGGCCAAGGAGCUCUCGAAGCUGCUGGUGGAUGUUGAGAAGAAGAUCGCGCGGGCGCAGAAGCGGCUGGACGAAGACGGGGAUGAGAGUCAGGACAAGGCACAGGUCCUGCAGCUCACACAGGAGAUGCAGGACGUAGCAGUGCAGGCUGAACAAGCGACGAGGGACGGGCUUGUGGACAAGUCGCUGCAGCUGAUGGAGCAAGUGGAGCUGCUCAAGAAAAAGAGGAGGGAGCUGCUGCGGCAGAGCACGAGUGCUGCUGCGUGCGGCAUUGCAACGUCGGUGGACAAUGUCAAUCAGAAGCUGCGAGUCUGUGACGUGUGUGGCGCGUUUCUGAGCAUUUUUGACAGUGAACGGAGACUUGCAGACCACUUUGGAGGCAAAGUGCACGUGGGCUACGUCCAGAUUCGAAGCAAAUUGAAGGAGGUGAUGGAGACAAUGAAAGCCGAGAGGAAGCAUGAGGUUGGGAAGCCACGGAUGUCAGCGGAGCGACUGGAGCGAGAGGAACGCCCGCACCGACAACGAGAUCGAAGGAGGUCAGAACGCGGUCAUGUAGAUGGCCGGGAGCGACGGAGAGAUAGAGAUCGAUCGAGGAGUUCAGAUCGUCGAUGUCAUCGUGAUCGACGGAGUCGCCGCGGACGACGAUCUCGGAGCCAUAGUCUCGACUUGCGAAAGCAAGGUCACAGCCAUCGACGUCAUCGCUAG